UAAACUUUUGUGCAACAGUGAAAGAACAGAGGAAGAGAGAGAAGCAAAAUCUCAAUUCUGUGAGAGAGAGCAGCAAAAAUGGGUAGGAGCCCUUGCUGUUCUAAUAAAGGAAAGAAGAGAGGAGCCUGGACUGCAACUGAAGAUCAAAUCCUUGCUGAUUACAUCAAGGUUCAUGGCCAAGGAAAAUGGAGAAAAAUUACCAAGGAAACAGGGCUCAAGAGAUGUGGGAAAAGCUGCAGGCUUCGGUGGUUGAACUACCUAAGACCUGAUAUCAAGAGAGGCAACAUCACUCAAGACGAAGAAGAUCUUAUCAUCAGACUUCACAAGCUCUUAGGCAACAGGUGGUCUCUGAUAGCAGGGAGACUUCCAGGGCGAACAGACAACGAGAUCAAGAACUAUUGGAACUCCUAUCUGUCCAAGAAGGCAUAUGGAAACCAACCAAACUCUUCUAAACUCGAAAAGAAACCAAUUCCGACAGGAGUACCUGGUCGUUGUUCGGGCAAAGCCAUUACUGUUACUCCUCAGAAACCAUCACUUGAUACUAGAAUUGAGCCUAAUGAUAAUAUAGCUGCAGAAUCUGAGUCCAGUGACGGGUCACCGGGGUUAAUGCGGUCUAAAGAUGAUAGCUUUUCAGAGCUUAUGGCCGGUUUCUAUUCAAGGGAAAUGGGGUCACCGGAAUUUCUUGCUCCUAAUGAUUUUUUAAAUUUUAGUGAUGAAUUUGGAAUAUAUGAUCUGGAUAACGUGACGAAAGAUGAUCAGCAGCCACAUAUGCACGGCGAAGCAUUUGUGAAUGCAGGGAAGGAAGUAGUAGAGAAGAACUGUGUUGAGGGGAGUAUGGAGGAUUCGGACUUUGGAUCCCUGGCUGCUGCUUUUCUUGGAGUGGAAGACGAUUGGAUGAUUUGAUUACUGUUUCAGUACUGUUGAUUGAAAUGGGUGGGUUUUGGGUGUUUGUCGUAAGCCAAUACUGUUAGGAAUUGUUGUUUUCCUAAUUAUUGGACUUCCGUAUUGAAGUUUUACACUCUUGUAAGGGAAAAAUAAAAAUGAAUAAUGCUAUUGUGGCCGAGCCUGUCAAGCCGACAGACGGCCGAGCGUACGCGGCAAUGCCACGUCCG